AUGGAGGAGUGCGCUGGCCUCUGUGGCGCGGGCUCUUCGCAGGGACAUGGGUGUCUUCAGAAGCGCCAGCGCCCAGCUGAGACGGCAGCGGCCGACGCCAAGCGGUGUCGUCAGGAGCGCCAGCGCCCAGCUGAGAUGGCAGCGGCCCACAGCAAGCCGUCCCCGGCAGAAAAGCACGUCGAGGUGGACGAGGCAGCGCGGCGCUGUGCGCGGAGGGUAGGAAUCGCGAGCCCCACGCCGCCCCCGCCCCCGCCGCCCCCGCCCUGCUCGCUGCCCGACCUGCCGGUGGAGAUCCUGGUGGAGAUCUUCGCCUCGCUCCCCGGCACCGACCUGCGCAGCCUGGCCCAGGCCUGCACCAGAUUCCAGCACAUCCUGCACACCGACAGCAUCUGGAGUCGGCGCUGCCGCGAGGAGUUUGGCGUUCCUGAAAACCUGCAGAACCCGGAGAUGACCGGUAUGUCUUAUCGAGAAGUCUAUGCGAAGCUGUUCUCAUACAGACACAUUUUGGGGUUGUGGCAGCUAAAUUACAGCGUGAGAAUCCUGCUGAACGUCGUGGUGGACGGCUUAUGCAUUACUGCCUGGCCGUACAGGCCUCCCCUCAACACCCCUGUGCGGGGCCCAAUGCCUAUCAAGCCCUCGUUCCGAAUCCGCCUGACGGAGCGGAACUCAGCCGCGCUGGAGUGCAUGGCCGGCCUCCUCGGCAGGCCCCACAGCGGCCACAUGCAGAUCCAGGGGGACAGGCUCACCAUCCAGUGCAAGAGGACCGACCACCGAACGGGUUCACCAACGCGGCUCAGGGGAGAACGGGGGCGCGGGCGGGGUCGGGUGCAGGAGGACGGACAGCGGUAUGACUGCCUGACCUACCGCCGCCUCUACCUCCCGCCGCGCCGCGCGGACGACCUCAUCAGGCCAGGCCUCUUCCACCGCAAAUACAACGCCUUCGGCCCCACGACCCUCAUGCUCAGCUUCCACGGGAAGUACGCCAGGGUCACCAGGCUCAUGGGGAUCGGCUCGAAGGCGCUAGAGAUCCACCUCCUGCGCCGCAUCCGGCUGCCAGAGGGCGAGUUCUUCCGCAACUUCGACGAGCUCUCCCGCGUGGUCCGGGAGAUGGACGAGCAGGUGACCCGGGAGCAGCAGCAGCAGCAGCGAGAAGACGCGACUGAGGAAAGCCAGGGCCAUGAAUGGCAGAGCCCUGCCCAGCCCAGCGCCGGGGCGUCCGGGGCCGCAGCUUCGGAGGAGCAGCCUGUCCGGUUUGUGCUGCCUGUGGGCGUGCGCUCAAGUGACCAGAACUACCCCCGGACCUGCAGGAUGUGUUUCUACGGCGUGGACAUUGAGUCCUUCGCCCACCCCAGGCACUGCUGCCCCGGAGUCUUCAUCCUGUUCGAUGAGGACCACUUCGGGUUCAUCUGGCUGGAGGAGAAAUACUUCUUCUGGUUCGGCAGAGUCCGCGACACCUUCCCGAAUGUGGAGGCGCCAUCCCCGCAGGCCUUCCUGGAGAUGCUCAAGGACAUUGUCUAG